UAUUUUAUAGUCGGUUAAAUAUUUCCUCGAAACCAUAGAAUCUCUCCCAACGGCAUUGUAAUCGGUCGCAAAAUUGUUUUUAAACCGUUAACCAAUCCUUAGUUAGUGCGAUGUGACGUCAGGAAAUUCAGGCGCAGAAUCGCACUCCGCCAGCCUCUCGAUUACUUGCAUGUUGUCGGUACUUCGCCUUUUAUUACGCGAAACCUUUGGAAAUUCAAAGCUAAUUUGAUUUUCAAAACAUGAUACACAUUUAAGGGACGCUUCUUAAUAAAGUAAUUUGUAUCUCUGUGAUUUUUGUGUAUGUGUGUGCGUGCGCAAAAUAAUUUUAUAUGCCAGGUCCACAAAUGUUUAUGUCUUUACGUAUCAAGUGAGCAUAAGUUUUCCCAAAAUGGCAUCUACAGUAUUAGUUAAAUUGCCGACUGUACCUUUUCCUCAAGGAAAGAAAUCACCGUCAGAAAGAGAUAUAGUAACAUUACCAGAUAGAAAUGAAGGAUUGAAUCAAAGUAUAAGACAUCAAACUGUAAAUGUCGAUAGAGUAGCUCAGCUGGAACAAAAUAUGAAAUUUUUACAAGAACAGCAUCAGGCAACCUUGGUAGCUUUGCACCAAGAAGUAGAAUCAUUGCGCCAAAAGAAUAGAGAUUUACAGUUUCAAUUAGUGUUUUCAAAAGGAUCUACUUAUGUACCUAGCAGUCCUUCUUCUCCUGAAGACAAUGGAAGUGGGUUUGUGAAACCAAAGGUACAUUUCACAAUUGUAAUAUAUUUUGUGUGUAUUUUGCAUAGGAGUUUGUUUUUACAGGGUAGCCCAGUGUGCGUGAAUAUUACACCAUUACAAGUGGAACUUUUGGAGAAAGAUUUACAAGAUAUCAAGAUAUCUUUACAAGAAGCUAAAACGCAAAAUCAGUAUUUGUCUGAAAUUAUUGAAGAACAGAAAAAAAAAUUGACUUCUAUGGAAGAAGAAAAGGUGAAUAAGGAGCCAAUGAUAGAUGUAGGAAUCCAGGUGGGAUUGCACUCCUCCCGAGCACAUAUAAUCGCCUGCUUUGAAGGUACAGAAGCGACUAUAAAACGAUUACGUAAACAAAAUGAAGAACAAAGAGAACAGAUUGCAACAUUGAAAACAACAUCGUCAAAUAUGAAUGGUAAUAAAGGAGCUCGAUCCCGUGACGGUAACAAUAGUCAUCACAGUCGCGGAUCACCUACGAGCACUGUACAAGAACAAAGUCCUCAUAUAUUUCCACCGUUGCAAAGCUACUGGCAUCACAAGUCACUCAGAAAUGGAAGAAAUCGACACAAUAAAUCGGACCAUCAGACGGAGGUGGAUUCGACUAUGUUACCGCAACUUCAAAAUGGCAAUAUAAAAUUAGAUACGAUGAUGUUUGAAUCUUUGUGUUAUCGAUCUCGUGGUCACCGUAAUUAUUAUCGCGAUGAAAGCAAUAGAAAAUACAGAGGAAACGUUUCACAAAAAGAUCGUAGAGAUAGCGAUCAUCAUCACCAUCAUCAUCAUCAUCAUCAUCGACGAGAUUACAAGGAUAGAAAUUCUAAAAGUCAUCAAAAAGAAGUACCAGAUUCGGCAGAAGGAUCUAGCGAAGCUGAUAAUCCUGCGAAUGGUAAAUCAUAAAAUAAAAGUUAGUCUGUUAAUACACUAGACAUGUAGCAGACUUCCUAUUCUCUAUCCAUAUACGAACAAUUACAAAAGACUUUAAUAACGGUACAUUUGUUAAUAAAAGAACAAUCUACGUUUUCUUAUAUUUGCUUUAAUAAGAUAGCAUUAGUUACAUAUAUAACAGCUUGGAAUAGGAUAGUUGUAAUAUCAAAUUAAAGUUACGCAAUCUUUAAUGUAAAAAUCUAGUCAAAUUUUACUCACUAUAGACUAUUAAUAUAAAAGCAGGAUAUUCGUGCUUUAUGGAUAAAAAAAAAAGUAUUAGCUUGUAUGAUUAUUUCUGCUGUUAUAAGAUAAAUAGAAAAAUAUACGACUGUACCAUUUUUAAUAAAAGAAGUGAUAGUAUAUUUCUCCUCGACGAAAAACAUGACCAUAAUAACGAUUAGGAAGGACAUGAAGGCGAAGAAUAAUAAUUACUACGAUAACCAAGUAAUAAUAAUAUUAAAAAUAACAAUAAAAAAAGAUACGAUCAAUGUUUGUGUGAUGCUACGUUCUCAAGCUUUGAAUGAUAAGAUUAAAUUCGAUGUACAUGUAUGAUACUUUAAUAUUGUAGACCUGUAAUUUUUUUUUAUUAUAUUAUUUAUAUAAAUUUAAGACUUAACAUAUAGUUGAAUGAUUCAGUGAUUGUUUUUUAUUAUAUCUUAAAAAUAAUUUAACAUGACAUACGAUAUGUUUUAUAAAGUGUAAAUAGAAAAAUUGUUCUGUAAUAUUUCUUUAUUUAAUAUGAUUGUAAAACAAUAAUUAAAUAUUAAUUUUUCUUUUAUUUA